AUGGGAGCAUAUGUGACAUAUCAGGAAUACCUCAAGAUUAGAAAGCCCAUCAUGAAUACGCCUACAGGAUGUGAAUUCUUCCUGGACAAGGGGGCUGUCCCAGAACACCAGAUUUCCCGAGUGGUCAGUUGUGAUGCUGAUCCUUUAGGAAUUCAGCUGACCCUGUAUCAGUAUCAAUCAUGUCCAUUCUGUUGCAAAGUUCGUGCAUUUCUAGACUAUUAUGGACUGCCAUACAAUGUGAUUGAAGUGAAUCCUGUGUUCAGGCAGCAGAUGACAUGGUCCAAGUGGAAGAAGGUCCCUGUCCUAUUAGCUUCUUCAGAUAAUGGCUUUUAUCAACUGAAUGAUAGUUCCAUGAUCAUUUCAUCAAUAAUGAGCCUCCUUCAUGAUAAGAAGAAGGAUCUUCAUGAACUGACUAAGUGCUUCCCAUAUGUUUCAUAUAUGAAAGAAGAUGGGAAAGAAGUCACUGAGAUUCUGAACAAGUACAACCUCAUGUUUCAGGAUGCUCCUGUUGACAGAACCAAAGAUUAUUUAAUGUGAGCAAAUUUCAGUAUAGUAUAGACAUAUACUUGAAUGUUGUUCAUGGUCCAGGACCAACAUGAUUUUUAAAAAUAUCUUAUGACAAGGGAAGAGAAGAAAUGGAGGAAGUGGUCUGAUGAUGUCCUUGUCCAUUCAUUGUCACCCAACAUCUACAGAACAGUGUCUGAAGCCUUACAAGCUUUUACUUGGUUUUCUCAGGUUGGAGAGUGGGAGAAGCACUUCAGUUGGUUUGAGAGAAAUGUUGUCAUUUAUGUAGGUGCCACAGCAAUGUAUUUCAUUGGAAGGAGACUGAAGAAGAGGCACCAAUUAAAAGAUGAUGUGCGCAUAUCUCUAUAUGAUGACUGCAAUCACUGGAUGAGGGCACUGAAAAGGAAGGGCACUCCUUUCAUGGGAGGUGACAAGCCUAAUCUGGCAGAUUUGGCAGUGUAUGGAACACUGAGCUCAAUAGAAGGAUGUCAAGCCUUUGAGGAUGUUCAGAGGCACACAAAAAUUGGACCAUGGUUUCAGCAGAUGAAGGAAGCAGUCAAGCAACAUGAAGGCCAAUUGCUGUUCAAGUGAUGCUUUUGGUAUCAAUAGUGGAAAUUAUGUUAUUUGGGAUCAUACAGUGCUAUCUGCCCUGAAGUGUUCAUAUUUGUCUGUAUCCUAGUAGCUGUCACAUCACCCAGAAUGUCCACCAAUCCUUAACCACUUUCCUCCUUUCCCUGAAACAUUUCAGUGGAGAUCAUUUGGAUAAAUACUUUUGCAAGUCAGUUUAAUCUGACAAGAAAGUAGACCC